AUCAAAUCCACGUGUUCCUCGAUAAAUUCAUAUACAUGACGCUUACUUUUCGUUGAGUACAUCUUGAGUGUUUACAGUGAUUUUUAAGUGGCCGUGCUCGUAUUACUCGUGUGGCGCGUUGCAUCGGAAUCGUGACAUAACCUUAAAAUUGUAAUUACGCGGUAGUGAUAAAACGAAUUCCGGAACGUGUCAUGGAAACGGGAUUUUUGAAUUUCCACGAUGAGGAACAUUUCUCAGAUUUUUCCUUACCUUUGGACGAGCAUAAUUUAAUGGAAAAUCCUCAAGACUUGUUAAUGCAUAUAGUAGAAAAUGAUUUUGAAUAUAUGGAAACACAUCUUGAUGCUACCAAUUCUGAUAGUAUAUGGGGAAAUGAAGAAGAGGAUGAUGCUAAUAUAGUAGAUUUGGCAGUAUCAGAUGUUAGUUCUGUUGUCAAUAAAAUGGAUAUUAAAGAAGAUUUUGCAAAAGUUCUCACUGAUUGGCAAGAACAUAUCGGAUAUUUACAGGCAUCUGAUAUGGAAGAAUACAUGGACAUUAUAGGAUUAAAUAUGACAGCAUCAGACAAAAAGAAUUUUUGUCUCGAAAAUUCAACUUCAUAUAUCACAGAAAAUGAAGUUAUACAAGAAAAAAAUAUUGAAGCUAUUGAACAUAUAUCUAAUGUUGAAGAGAAAAUCAAGGAUGAAGAAGUUGCUAAUUAUAAUACAAACGAUAAGAGUAAUAAAAAUCCUAAAACGGAAUUAAAUAUAAAAAAGAAAAAACCUCCAAAUGGAAAUAAUACUAGUUCAAGUAAAAUAACAAAAAAAAUACGCAAUAAUGCUGAAAAAAUUUCUAUAAAACAAAAGAAAAGAAAAAAGAAUACAAAAGAAAAAAUUUCAAUAAAAGUAAAACAAGAAACAGAAACUGAAGAUUGCGUUGAUAUUGAAACAGUGUCUGAUGAAAUGCCAGUUUUAGAAGCUGGAGAUGUAAAAAGUUUAUUAGAACAAUUUGAAGCAUCUGAAAAUUCUGCUAUAAAAACAAUGUGCCGUGAUAAAGUUUCAACAGAAUCAAAUCAAAGUGUGUACAUACAAUCAAGUAAUAUACACCCGUCCAUAAAAAAAACUUUAUCUGUCCUCCCAGAAAAAUCAACCGCACAAUCUUCGAAUUUACAUAAAAAUAUCCGCGAUUCACUGCCUAAAGAAGUGAUUGAUAGGAUAAAGGCGUCAGGACGAAAGCGAGUAAUUUCUGUAAUUCCUGCAAUACCAAGUACUCAAGGGGGAAUUCGUAGUAAUGGCACGCGAAUGCAAGAUGCUGCUGCUACACUAACACGAAAUAAACUUUUGAAAAUAGUAACUAAUAAUGCUAAUACCAGAACAAUUGAUGGUGGAUUAGUCCAGUUGGAUCAUGACUACUGCAGCAACUCCAACUCCACUAUUAACAAUUUGAGCAGUAAUAGUGAAUACGAAAGACAGUCUAGUGAUAGUGAAAAAACUGUAAGCAAAGACAAUAAAUCUCAACAGUUUGAUUACCAUGCUACAGUUACAAACCGAACAAUAGUUACUCAAACUAAAAAUUUUGCAAAGAGUGAAGAAUGUCGUGUUAAUAAGAAUUUCAAAAAGGACAGUGGUUUAGAAAUCGAAGAAGAAAUAAGUGACAAUAGUGAAGAACAGUUAUCAUGCAAGAGUAAACGUACGAAUGGAGUUAAAAAACAAACAAGUAAGCAGAUAAAAGAGUGUCCCAAAGAUACUCAAUUACAGGAACAAAAUUCAAAACAUUCUUCGAGCAACUUAUUGUUAGAAAAUAUACCAAAAGCUCAGAAUGCGCCCUUAAAUAAGCCAACACCUGUUUAUGAAAUGAAAAUACGCUCAGCUUUAGCUACAAGCAUUUUACAGUUAAGAAAAGAUGCAUUAAAUAAUGUAAGAUCAAUACAACCUAACAAGCAAAUGGUUUCUGUACUAAAAAAGCCACCAAACAUAGUACAGCCAAUUCUUACUACUAAUCCUAAUGAGAGUAUAGUAACUACCACUAAUAGCUCGAAUGAUGAGGUACAGAAUAUCAUAAUUCAGAAUACUCAAGAGUCUUCAAAAGAAGAAACGAAAAAGCCUCCUCGUAGAAAAUUAAAUUUAGCUGAAUACAGAAGCAGAAGAGAGCAAAAUCGGAGUGAUAGUAGCAGAACAAAUUCACCCAUUCAACCGAUGGCAUUAUUAUAUGUGCAUCAUGCGUCCACUACAACCGAACCAAUCAAAGAUAACUCUGGAAAUCUUAGUUGGUGUGAGAGAGAAAUUAUUUCAGUGUUGAAACCAAAAGCAGAUCUGGAUGAAGAAAAAGUGAAACAAAAACCGCCAACUAGCGAAAUGGGAAUUCAAACAUACGAAACAGUGUUUGAAUUUCCUACGAAAUCUUUAGUGGAUAUUGAUGAGAGAAAUGAAGAACAGAGAAACAAACGCAUAAAGGACAACAAGGAUCGGCCUUAUAGAAAACGCAAACUUACUUCUAGUUCAAGUCGAUCGAGAUCAAGAAGCAAAAGCAAAAGCAGAUCCUACACUAGGAGUAGGAGUAGAAGCAAAAGUAGAAGCAGGAGUACAAAUAGAAACAAAAAUAGAAGUCGAAGCAGAAGCAGAAAUAGAAGCAGAAGCAGAUCUUGUAGACGCAGUAAUACUCGUCGUCGAAGAAUAAGUCACCGUCGAAGUUCAGUCAGUUCAAGCACAAGUUGGACAUCUCAUUCUCGCUCAGAUACGAGAUCCACUUCCAGAUCUAGAUCGCGAUACUCGUGCUCGCGUUCUAGAUCAUCAAGAUCAAGGACAAGCUCAAGAUCCAGAUCUUCCUCUCAGUUCUCCAGUUGUUCAAGGUCUUCCACCCGUUCAAAUUUCGGAAAGAAGAAAUGGUCGAGUCGUCGAAGAAGGGGUAGUCGCGAACGCAAAAGAAGUUACGAUAGACACAGACGACGUUCUACAGACAAUUACCGCAACUACAGAGACUGGAGGAGAUCACCGCCAAAUUCUUAUCGAAGACCAUACGAUAAUUGGUAUGACAGAGAAAAGCAAAGACAACUUCAAGAAAGAAGAAUAGUCUAUGUUGGAUGCUUAGAUGAAGGAAUUACCAAAGCCGACCUACGUAGAAGAUUUGAAGCCUUUGGCCCGAUUGUAGAUACAAGUGUUCAUUUCCGUGAACAUGGCGACAAUUAUGGUUUCGUAAUAUUCGCAUAUAAAAAUGAUGCGUACGAAGCCAUAGAACAUGGAAACGAUGAUCCAACUUUACCUAGAUAUGAAUUAUGCUUUGGAGGUCGCAGAGCAUUUUGCAAAGUGAAAUAUGCAGAUCUUGAUGGCUUAGCCAGUAAUUCACUUAACGGCAGUAGCCUAUCACAAAAUAAUGAAGAUAACACAUUUGAUCUUCUUCUGAAAGAAGCGAAAGCUAAAUUACGUAAGCGAAAGGUUUGACAUAUGUACUGCUUAUUAGUUAUAAAUGUAAUUUAAAAAAAAAAAAAUAGUGCAGAUAGCAUUAUCGACAUACAAGACCAUAAUCGAAUAAAGCAGUACGUAUCUUUCGCGGGCAAAAUGUAGCAUAAAUUACAUAACUGCGAUAAAGUAUGAAA